AAGUGGGCCCUCGUGUCGCAUACGCAUAACCAACUAAUAAUCAAUACACAAUAAUUCGAGUAGUACAUUGGCGUAGAAUGUGAACCCAUGUGGUUUGCAAAAGAAAGUAUGUGGUGAAAGUAAACACGAGUUUAUUCGACUUUUAAAAUUUUUCAAAGUGGUAAAAGUUUUUUCUCUGUAAAAUCACGUGUCGUAAAAUCCUUUCGAGUCAUGCACUUUUUCAAUUGUCAGUUUUAAUUUUUUAUUUUAUCCUGCCUUCGUUACUUGUCACUCUGGGCUAAAGCGACACUGUUCGCAUAUAGGUUAAUACAAGUCAGUUCAACUCGCAUGUAAGGCAGCUCUCGACUUUCUCUUCCCUGGAGUAUGGAGUUUUGCAGCUUUCUAUUAUUACUCCAAUUGACGUUAUACUACACGUACGUACGUCGUCGUGGUUUGUUUACCUCAAGUCGGCGAAAUCGGUUUGUGAUAGGCAGGACGAAUUGAGGCCGUGGAAAAUUGCUAAGAGGAAUGUCGUUUUAUUAAUUUAUUUAUAAUACGCUCUUCAAGAUCUGGCGUCACAUCUUUAUUUUUAUACUAUUGAAAAUUUGGUGGUUCAGAAUGUAAAUUGUUUAUAUAACACAAUUCCCAUUAUUCUAGUAAAGUUCCUAAUUUGUUGCAACCCCGGGCUUAUUGUACUUAAUAAAAUGUAAAUAACGAGCGUUUUCUUAAAUCUACAGUACAAGGGUGGCGUAGGUAAAUGGUAAAACAUAGCGCAUAACGUCAACAACUGAUGAUUGUUCACAGCUUUUACAGCAUCGCGAAAUCUUGUACUGCCCCAUUAGUUGAACUUGUACCUGUUUUCACCAUUGUUUAUAAUUAGUACACGAUAAAGAGUUGAAGGAAUGAAAAGUGAAAGUGUGAGAACCAAGGCUGGAUUAAAACACAAGACAAUGCUACUCAACCAAGAGAAGUGGGGAAACCUGAACUUUCUCCUGUGGUCAGACAAAAGGUUCCACUACUUACAAAUUUCUAUACAAAUUGUCACCAUUGUGUCUCUGAUUUGUGCCACAUCAGAAAUAAUAUUUGGCUGCUGGUCGCUAAACAUACUGUCGACUUGUGCUGAUCAUCAGUCCUCCAACGUGGACAUUAGUUCUACAAAGUCGAAACAUGUGGCCAUUUCAAUGGCCAUUUUCUUAACUUUGAGUGCACGAAUUACUGCGUUAGUCUUCUGGAUUAGGUCGACGAGAAAUGAGAAUUUACGAUGCUACUCGGUAACCUCACACUGUACAUUUGUCACCGUCUUUGUAGUGUUGGGUCUUGGGGGACUACUAAUUUAUUUUCUGACAGCUUCCCUUGAGCUUUCAACAGGAAGUUUUCGACCAAAUACGGAAGUUGUGUGGGCCUUUUGCUACAUUGCUGUUUUCGACAUGGUCUUCUCGGGCACAUUUGGAUGUGCAGUAGCGAGCGACUUGCAAUGUAAAAUCAGACGUGAGUGGGAGUACGAACCAGCAGUCAAAGCAGUUUCUGGAGAAAACUGGGUCAGAUCCACUCAGCUCAGUUGUCGCUUAGCAAGGUGGAGAGAGGCUCCAGUGCAUGAGGUGUAUGUCUGAUUUCAUAAUGAUAAGAUAAGAGAGUAACAGACAGAGACAUUCUUCUCAAUGCUCUCUCCAUACAUAAACAUGGUCUCCUCUUCAGGAAGGAGAAAUGUGGUGCUGAUUCUGCGUUUCUACGAAUUCAAUACUGCCCUGAACCCUAUGCAGUUGACAGUGCUUAAACCAUUAAUAUAUGGGUUCGUAUAUUUCACGUCAAAUUCAAUUGUAUCAUCUGCAGUUGAGGACGCUGGGACAGGAUUCUGGACUGGGGUUUGAACUUAUUAUGCGACAUUGACAAGUCUAAAUUGCGUGAAGCCGUGAGAAUAUAGAAGAAAGUACCAAUAUUAGUUGAUAGUUGCUGAAGAAAACUAUAUUAUGCUCUUUAUGUGCUUGCUGUGCAAACUUAUUUCUCAAACUGUAACGAAGAUUUACAGUACGUAUUUAUGUAUUUAUGUAUUUAUGUACAUAUGCGCAUGGUAUUUAUGUGAAGGUCAGAGGUAAUAUAAGAAGAUGUUGAUGAAAAUAGUCGCAUAUUUUAAUUACUUGUUUUAAUUCGCAAAAAAUAUAAAAUAAAAUAUAUACUUGUAUUCAAAGGAGGUUUGUAUAA